AUGGCUCAAUCAAACGGAACAACUCCGUCCAGGACCUACGGUGUCACCGGCGCGAUCUCACUGCAACCAGCUACCAAGCCCGAACAACAAUUAACCGUCUCGCUCAUGGAAGAAUUGAAGAGACGCAACAUUUUUGAAUCUCCUGACGAGGCUCGGGCGCGUGAGAUUGUACUAGGUCGUCUGGACGUUCUUGUAAAACAAUUUGUCAUCAAUGUAUCCAUCUCUUUGGGAAUGUCAGAGGCUGUUGCGCGUGACUCGGGCGGAAAGAUUUUCACUUUUGGAUCUUACAGACUGGGUGUCCAUGGCCCUGGGGCUGAUAUCGACACUCUUUGCGUUGUCCCCCGGCACAUCACCCGAGAACAUUUUUUUGAAGUCUUACCAACAAUGCUCAACGAGCGCCCCGAGGUUACCGAACUUGCAACCGUGCCUGAAGCCUUUGUACCGAUCAUCAAACUCAAGUUUUCAUCUAUUGAAGUCGAUCUCCUCUUCGCCCGUCUCGCCCUGCCCAGUAUUCCCGACAGUCUUGAACUGAUUGAUGAUGCACUCUUGAAAAACCUCGACGAUCGGUGUGUCCGCAGUCUGGGUGGCUCUCGUGUGACGGAUGAGAUUCUUCGUCUCGUACCUGACGUCACCGUCUUCAGAGAUAGUCUCAGAGCUAUCAAACUAUGGGCCAAAUCGCGUGCAGUUUACAGCAACGUUAUGGGCUUCUGUGGUGGGGUGGCCUGGGCGAUGUGCGUGGCCCGCGUCUGUCAACUAUACCCCAACAAACCCGCUGGUACCAUCGUCAACCGAUUCUUUGCGGUCUUGUCCCAAUGGAACUGGCCCUCGCCGGUCCUGCUCAAACCUAUCGGUCCCGGUCCUCCAGGUGAUCAGCGGAGAAUUUGGAACCCCAAGAUAUAUCCCCAAGAUCGUGGCCACCGUAUGCCGAUCAUCACUCCAGCCUAUCCAUGCAUGUGCAGUACUCACAACAUUACCAGGAGCACUGCCCAGAUCAUGAUGACCGAAUUCAAGCGAGGACUUGCUGUGACGGAUGAAAUUGCUACCGGUACUAAGCCAUGGGCUGCUUUGUUCGAUAAGCACGAUUUUUUCACUCGCUAUCGAUAUUAUCUACAAAUCACAGCUUCAUCCCCUAAUGCCGAGAUCCAGCUCAAGUGGGCUGGAACCGUUGAGGCACGGCUGCGGCAGCUUGUCAUGAAGGUUGAAGAAGUUGAUACUGUCGACUUGGCACAUCCUUUCAUUAAAGGCUUUGAACGGGAAUCUUACUACUUGACAUCCGAGGAAGUCCGCGUGAUCCAAGUGGGUGACGUACCACCUGAAAUCAAAAGCCGCACGCCAGCCGACAUUGAAGGCAAGGAGGGCUCCGGGACGGUAUACACCAGUUCAUUCUUCAUUGGACUACUUGUUCAGCCCAAACCCGCUGGACAUACUGGUCCCCGCAAACUCGACAUAUCCUAUCCAGUGGGCGAAUUCACGAGAAUGGUUAAGCAAUGGGAGGGCUACGCGGAGGAUUCAAUGGGUAUUAUUGUCCGCUAUAUAAAGGGAGCACAGCUUCCCGACUACGUCUUCGAUGGAGAGCAGCGCCCUUCUACGUCGGUGCCCAGCUCCAAAGCCUUCAAACGGACAAAGACUGGUAAAGCUAAACAAGGGACCUCGAGCAUUGAAAGCAUACCUGGACAGACGACUCCAAGACCUGGUGAUCUAGCUGGUACACCACCGACCGGCCAGCCAUCACAUUCGCAGCAACAUGAAGUAAUCCCUCGGCAGCAGGAAGCCCAACAACAGGAACGACCGACGAUCAUGAAGAAGGCAAGGCCUUCCGGUGCCGUUGAUGACGAUUCGGCUGACAAGAAUCAUACCGCAAUCACUCCCCCCUUGAGCGAGAUGAAACUCGCCAAUCAAGAGGCUGGCUCGUCAUCAUCAAACCACGACCGGGAACUUUCAAACAAUGGGCAGCAUGAUUCCUCGCCCAAUUUGACGAAUGUGUUGGCAUCCGUCCAAGCUUGA